AUGGUGAUCCUAAGACAGGGGGAUUACGUGUGGGCCGACUCCAGUAUCGGGGUGCCAGUUGGAGCCCAGGUCAAGAUCACGGACACUGGACAGCGCUGGCUGAUCGACGAUGAGGGGAAGGAGUACAAAGUCACCAAGAAGAACGAGGGCUCCCUCCGGCCCAUGCACCCCACCUCGGUGAACGGGGUCGACGACAUGAUCCGGCUGGGGGACCUAAAUGAAGCAGGCCUCCUCCGAAACCUACUGGUCCGACACAGAGAAGGGAUCAUAUACACCUACACAGGCUCUAUCCUGGUCGCGGUCAACCCCUACCAGCUGCUCCCCAUCUACACGGCCGAGCAGGUGCGCCUCUACCACAACCGCCGGCUGGGCGAGCUGCCCCCGCACGUCUUCGCCAUCGCCGACAGCUGCUACUACAACAUGCGCCGCAACCGGCGCAACCAGUGCUGCAUCAUAAGUGGGGAGUCAGGGGCGGGGAAGACGGAGAGCACAAAGCUGAUGCUGCAGUUCCUGGCAGCCGUGAGCGGGCAGCACUCCUGGAUCGAGCAGCAGAUCCUGGAGGCCAACCCAAUCCUUGAAGCCUUUGGCAACGCGAAAACCAUCCGCAAUGACAACUCCAGCCGCUUUGGGAAGUACGUCGACAUCUACUUCAGCAAGAGCGGGGCAAUGGAGGGCGCCCACGUGGAGCAGUAUCUGCUGGAGAAGUCCCGCGUCUGCCGCCAGGCCGCUGAAGAACGGAACUACCACAUUUUCUACUGCAUGUUAAUGGGAAUGACACAAGAGCAGAAGAAGAUAUUGUCUCUGAAAGAUGCCACCCACUACAACUAUCUGACUUCGGGCAACUGCACCAGCUGUGAUGGGCGGGACGACCUGCAAGAGUAUGCCCGCAUUCGCUCCGCCAUGAAGAUCCUGACGUUCACAGAGAAGGAAUCCUGGGAGAUAUUCAAGCUGCUGGCAGCCCUGCUCCACCUGGGAAAUGUGAACUUUGAAGCUACUAUCUUGAACAACCUGGAGAGCUGUGACAUUCUGGCAUCAGAACAUUUCAACAUGGCUGCCAAGCUGCUGGAGGUGAAUACUGGCGCUUUGGAAUCCAGUUUGACACAGCGUUCCUUCUUAACUAACAGGGAGCGUGUCUCCAAGCCCCUCAGCUCUGAGCAGGCUAUGGAUGGCAGGGACGCCUUCGUCAAGGGUAUUUAUGGCAGGAUGUUUGUGUGGAUUGUCGAGAAAAUCAACAGUGCUGUCCACAAGCCCUCCUCUGACGACCCUUCAUAUGUCCGUCAAUCCAUAGGCUUACUGGACAUCUUCGGCUUUGAGAACUUCGACAAGAACAGCUUCGAGCAGCUGUGCAUCAACUUUGCCAACGAGCAGCUGCAGCAGUUCUUUGUGAAGCAUGUGUUCAAGCUGGAGCAGGACGAGUACGCCCGCGAGAACAUUGUCUGGAAGCACAUCGCCUAUAAUGACAAUCAGCACACCUUGGAUGUGCUAGCCAGCAAGUCUCUCAACAUAAUGGCCCUUAUCGACGAGGAGAGCACUUUCCCAAAGGGCACGGAUGUCACCAUGCUGAACAAGAUGAACCAAGUCCAUGGGAAGAGCAACAUCUACAUUCCCCCCAAAAACAACCAUGACAUGCAGUUUGGGAUCCAGCACUUUGCUGGGGUGGUCUACUAUGACUCCAAAGGUUUUCUGGAGAAGAACAGAGAUGCUCUGAGUUCAGACAUCUUGAAGCUAAUGGAAACAUCAUCCAACAAGUUCCUUAAGCAGAUCUUCCAGUCUGAGCUCACCUCAAAUGCAGUGAAGAACUCCAACCCCAACAACAGGAUAGUCAUAACCCCCAAAAGCUCCUUACGGCAGCAAAUGACAGAGACCAGGAAGCAGAUAUCCACACUGAGUGGUCAGUUCCGCCAGUCUCUGGAUUCCCUGAUGAAGGCCCUCACUGUCUGCCAGCCUUACUUCAUCCGCUGCUUUAAACCCAAUGAGUACAAAAAGCCCUCGCUUUUUGACAGAGAGCUAUGUAUGCGCCAGCUCCGCUACUCUGGGAUGAUGGAGACCAUUCGAAUAAGAAAGGCAGGAUAUCCCAUCCGCCAUACCUUCCAGCAGUUCCUAGAUCGCUACCGUGUGCUACUGAGGACCUCUGUCUGUGACCCCAAAAAUGAACCUCCAGAAAAAUGCUGUGAUUGCAUCUGCGAAGCUGUCAUUCAAGGGGAGGGUGACUGGAAGAUCGGCAAGACAAAGAUCUUUCUGAAGGAUUACCAUGACUCCAUGCUGGAGGUGGCGAGAGACAAGGAGAUCCACAAGAAAGCCACUAUCAUCCAGAGAGUGCUGAGGGGCUACAAGCACAGGAAACGCUUUGUGAAACAGAGGAAGGCAGCAUUGAUGAUACAGAAAACCUGGCGAGGUUACAAAGGCAGACAGCAGUACAGAGUGGUCCAGCUGGGCUACGCCCGCCUGCAGGCCAAGAUUCGAAGCCGGCAGCUGCACCACCUCUACAAUAAGAAGCGGGAGGCCGCCGUUGUGCUCCAGACUCAGGCCCGCAGCUACCUGAAGAGAAAGGAGUGGAAGCGAAAGAGAGAGGCCGUGAAACUGCUGCAGGCCCACACCAGGGGAAUGCUGGCCCGCAGGGCCGUCAAGAAGAUGAAGAAUGACGCUUAUCUGUCGGCUCAGGAGCGCCUCGCCCAGGAGCAGACGGCUCGGGAGCUGCAGCGCCGCCUGGAGGAGGUGCUGAGCCAGACGCAGGAGGCCAGCGCCAAACCCAAGCAGGAGAUCAGCGACCAGGAGAUGGUGGAGAACAUCUUCGGCUUCCUGCCCAGCACGGUCGGGGGGCAGGAGGGGCAAGCUCCCAUCGGCUUUGAGGAUCUGGAGGGAAGGCGGGCUACGCUUGAGGAAGUGGAUCUGGACGACAUCCCCAUAGUGGAUGAAGCUCCCGAGGAGGAAGACGAGGACCCUGACGACACGUUCUCCUUUGCCAAGUUUGCAUCCAUGUACUUCCAGGGCUCAGCGACACACACUCACAUCCGCCAGAGGCUACGCCACCCACUGCUAUUCCACGAGGAUGAAGGGGAUGGCCUGGCUUGUCUUACUGUAUGGUGGAUCAUCCUGAGAUUUAUGGGAGAUAUUCCCGAGCCCAAACAGCGGGCCCAGCAGGGCGCCUUCGCCAACCAGUCAAUCGAGCGCAACCUGGGACAGAGGAAGGACCGCCGGCUCAGCAACCUGGUCGGCCUUGAUCAGAAAUUGUUGAAAAGAAAUAAGAAAGGCAACAAAGCAGGAGGUGGUACCCGCAACAGAAAGGCCUCAACAAUCCCAGAGGAGGUGAGAGAUUCUUCCUUGAAGGAGGAGGUUGAUGUGAUGAUUGGAGAAGGACCCACCUUGGAUAGGCCAAUGACAUCCCUGGAAAAACUCCACUUAAUUGUGGGUUACGCCAUUCUCAGAAAAGACAUCAGAGAUGAGAUCUACUGUCAGAUCUGUAAACAGCUGGUGGAGAAUGGGAACCGAAACAGUUGGAUCCGUGGGUGGAUUCUCCUGUCCAUCUGUCUUGGCAUCUUCCCCCCAACCGAACGCUUCAUCAAGUACCUGCAAAACUUCAUCCGUUCUGGCCCUGCAAGCUACGCGCCAUAUUGCGCUGAGAGGCUGAGACGCACUGUUGCAAAUGGAGAGCGCAGUGAGCCCCCAUGCUGGAUAGAGCUACAGGCAACUAAGACCAAGAAGCCUAUUGUGGUGUCAGUGGCCCUGAUGGAUGGUCGCAACAUCAGCUUGCCCGUGGAUUCAGCCUCCACCUCCAGAGAGAUCUGCAACUUCAUUGCCCAGAAAACCAAACUGCAGGACACCUUUGGCUUCUCACUUUACGUCGCUCUGUAUGAAAAGGUGUGGUCACUGGGCAGCGGAAGAGACCACGUGAUGGACGCCAUCUCGCAGUGCGAGCAGGAGGUGAAGAGGAAGGGUGGGCAGGAGCAGCAUGCCCCCUGGCGCCUCUACUUCCGCAAGGAGCUCUUCACCCCCUGGCACAACUGCAGGGAGGACCCCGUUGCCACCGACCUCAUCUACAGGCAAAUCAUCCGCGGGCUCAAGUUCGGCGAAUACCAGUCCGACAAGGAGGAUGACUUUGUCCAGCUUGCUGCAAAACACUUCUACGUACAGUUUGGGUCAGACAGUGGACAAGACAAAGCAAAGAAAGUUGUUGAAGAUUGCAUUAACACCUCUCUGCUAGAAGCUAGAUCAGAGGCUAAGUGGGUGCAGCUGGUGAACACAGCUCAUAUGCAGGGUCCUUACAUAAAUUCCAGGAAGGAUGCUGAUCUUGUGAAAAUGGAAGUGGUUGACUAUGCUCGCCAGAAGUGGCCCAUGUUCUUCUCCAGGUUUUUUGAAGUUAUCAAGAUGUCAGGUCCUCCUUUACAAAAAAACAAGUUCAUUGUUGCUAUUAACUGGACUGGAAUCUCUUUUAUGGAUGAGAGGGAGAGGAAACUGCUAGAACUCUCUUACCCAGAGGUGACUGGGGUGAAUACAAUGAGGGAUGGCAUGUCUGCUGGGCAGUCAGUGUCUCUCUCCACGCUGAAGGGAGACUUCACCCUCAACGCUGUGUCCGCUGAGGACAUCUCAGAGCUGGUGCACAUGUUUCUGGCCGGGCUGAGGGAGCGCUCCCAGUAUGCUGUAGCCUUGCAGGAAGCCAGCAGACAAGAUGACCCCACAUUUCUCAGCUUCAAGAAAGGAGAGCUGCUCCUCAUCAUCAAAGAUGAUGAGUACUCACCUGACCGAGGAUGGAUGAAGGGCCAAAAUGAGCGGACCGGUCAAGUGGGGGCAGUCUCCACUGACGCUAUCUUAGUACUGCCCACCCUGAGCAAGCCCACCAAUGAAGUGCUGAGCCUACUAAAUCUGUCCCCGGAGCAGAGGAAGUCAAUCAUACAGACCGCACAGAAGGAAGAGCCCACCAUGGACCGAGUGGCACCCAUCUCACUCAAAGAAUUCUCCUUUGAGUACUUCAGGCAACCUGGCAAGGACAUGAAUCGACAGAUGAUCUCCAAGGGUGGAGCCAAAGAGAAGCUGUGGGCCUCCUCCCGCGAGCCCCUCAAGCAGCCGCUGCUGCAGAAGCUGGUGGGGAACUCUGAGCUCAGCCAGCACGCCUGCCUGUCCUUCAUUGCUAUUCUGAAGUACAUGGGGGAUUACCCCACAAAACAGGUGCGUAGCCCCCUGGAACUCACUGACCAGAUCUUCGGCCCAGCAAUGCAACAUGAGGAUCUGAGGGAUGAGAUCUACUGCCAGAUCAUGAAGCAGAUGACGAGUAACAACAACAGGAUCAGUCUGGAGAACGGCUGGCAGCUCCUGUGGCUGUGCUGCGGCCUCUUCCCACCCAGCCAGGCUCUGCUGAGACACACCCAGCGCUUCCUGGAGUCCCGGCCCAGGGAUCCCCUGGCCUCCGACUGCCUGCAGAGGCUUCAGGGGAUGCUCAGAAUGGACCCCAGGAAGUUGCCUCCUCACCAGGUGGAGAUUGAUGCCAUUCAGCAGAACAGCACCCAGAUCUUCCACAAAGUGCACUUCCCCAAUGACACAGAGGAGAUCUUCGAGGUGACGACCACUACCAGAAUCCGGGACCUCUGUCACAACAUUGCCAAUAAACUCAUGCUCUCGUCAGCCGAUGGCUUCAGCCUAUUCGUGAAAACCCCUGACAAGGUGCUGAGUCUCAACGAUGGAGACUACUUCUUUGACAGUCUGAGGCAGAUCACUGAUUGGUCAAAGAAAGCCAAGAGAGUCAAAGAUGGAGCACCAACGAGCAUGCCUUACCUUGUGUUCUUCAUGAGGAAGCUCUGGUUCAAUGUGUCCCCUGGCAGAGACUUGGAGGCAGACCUUACUUUCCAUUUCCCACAGGAGCUGCCCAAGUACCUGCGGGGAUACCACAGGUGUACCAAGGAGGAAAUGAUCAACCUGGCAGGCCUCCUCUUCAGAGUGAGAGUUGACAACGACAGGUCGCAGUUCGUCAUGAUCCCCAAGAUGCUGAAGGAGCUGGUGCCCGCAGACCAAAUGAAGGCCAUGUCUUCUGAGGAGUGGAAGAAGAACAUAAUUGCCUCUUACAACAAGCAGGCUGGAAUAACAGUGGACGAAGCAAAAGUGGCAUUCCUGAAGGGCAUUGCCCGAUGGCCCACGUUCGGUUGCGCUUUCUUCGAAGUUAAGCAAACAUCAGAACCUAAUUUCCCAAAUAUUGUAAUGAUUGCAAUCAGCAAGCAAGGAGUCACCAUCAUCCACCCCAAAACCAAGGAUGUUCUGGCUACACACCCCUUCAACCGCAUAGCAAACUGGUCAAGUGGAAGCACCUACUUUCACAUGACCAUCGGAAACCUCAUCAAGGGAAACACCCUUCUCUGCGAGACCUCACUGGGUUACAAAAUGGAUGACCUUUUGACCUCCUACGUCAACAUGUAUCUCAAUGAGCGAAAAGCAGUGCGGCCCAGAAACCAGUUCUUCCCCUCCUGAAGCAUCCAAUAUGACACAAAGAGCGGA